UUCCUUUUUAUCGCACACCGCGAGAAGCCAGCUAUUUCAAGGCCACUUUUUCUCUCGGUUUUUGCCGUCAUUCUCCGCUUCAUUGUCGAUUCAACGGAAUGGUGUCUGAGCCUAGUGACACCGCGAGUUUCUGCUAAUGAACUCGAUUCGUUUUUUUCAGCUAUUUUAUUUUUUUAAAUCAUUUUCAGAAUGUGGCAACAAAACAUUUCAGUAACUGUUCUAGGCGUGUAAAGGAUUUGAUAUGAAAAUUUAACCAUUUUAUCCACGUGAUCUCGCAAUGGAUGGAACUGGGAUUAAUGUCUUUCUCGCUGAUGUUGCGGAAGUUGACUUAGGACAAAACCCAUCCAUAAACAAAGAUGAAAAAACCGAUAUACAACAUGAUGGAGUUAUGGAUUCUAAAACACUGCGUUGGAGAUCGCUACGGAAUAUGUUUAUCUUCAAUACAUGCUAUGUACUUACAUACACUGGAUUUUGGGCGCUGUCAAAUCUACAAAGCACCAUGAAUGCCGCUGGUGGAUUAGGAGAUUACUCUCAGGCCGUAAUUUACGUCUUUUCAAUGAUAUCUUCGCUGUUCCUACCAAAACUUUUGAUAGACAAGUUUGGCUGUAAAAACAUUCUUGUGGUGGGCUCGCUCAUUUGCUGCUUCAGUAUCGCAUCCAACAUGAUCCUCCGGUGGGACGUGAUGAUGACCGCUUCUGUCGCUUUCGGACUCAUAAACGGACCCUUCGCCUCUUCCCAAACUUUUUACAUCGAUGAAAUGGCAACACGUUUUCAGUCGACCAUUACCGAGAAUAUAGAAUUUAUCAUGGCCACCUUUUUCGGGUUGUUCACGUUUUUUACAGAAAGUUCCCAGAUCUGGGGAAAUCUGAUAUCUUACUACGCACUCAUGAAUAAGAAUCAAGUGGAUGAAAAUUUUUCUUCCAAUUCUUCUGAAUGUGGCGCUGGCUUUUUGCCUUCCAACAACGAUUCGAAUACGAAUCUCGACCCACCAACAGAAAAGCAGAGACUGGUCCUGGUGGGUGCCUACCUGGCGAUGGGACUGUUGUCUGUCCUGAUUAUGAUCGUGUUCAUGGAUCCUUUGAAAAACGACCUGAAGGAGACUCGUGGCUGCCGAGCAGCUUUAGAGAGAUUUGCGUCGGCCUUCAAACAGUUGCUGAAACCUCACCAGUAUUUGCUCGUUCCUCUGAGUGUAUACAUUGGGAUGGAAGGCCCAUUCUAUGGAAAUGAAUUCACCGAGGCGUUCAUUGCUUGUUCGUGGGGCGUACACCACGUUGGAUUCGUAACGGUAUGUUUCGGCGUGUGCGGGGCGCUUAUGUCCCUGCUGGUGGGACCGCUGGUCAAGUGCAUCUCCCAGAUGGCCGUUCUCAUCUUAGCCGCGUUGGCCAACGUCUCCAUUUGCAUCGUUCUCUUCCUGUGGGAGCCGACGCCCGAGUUCAAGACCAUGUAUUUCGUCAUUGCUGGUGUGUGGGGCAUGGGAGACUCCAUCUGGUGGUCGCAAGUCACAGCUCUGUAUGGUUUGAUGUUCCCUAACGACCGAGAGGCAGCCUUCUCCAACCUCUACUUCUGGAGCUUCCUCGGGUCUUUCCUGAGCUACUCAUACGCCAAAUACUUCACGGUCGCCGUCAAAAUCAACAUCCUCCUCUGCUUCCUGCUCGCCGGCAUGCUGGGGUACAUGAUCGGCCAGAUCAGGAUCAAAUGUUCCUCCAGGGAAGAGUACGUCCCUAUACCAGACGGCGGAGACAGCUCCUAACAGAAGUUGCCUUUUCAGGUCGCCAAUCCUUGAAAGAUCGCCAAAUGAGCCAGCUCUUCGCUGCCCAGAUAACAGGAAAAGUUCUGUAAUCUUCAGGAAGACCUGAUAAACUUAUGUCUGUGAAAACUGUGGCAUAUCCUUCUGUUGUCCUGUAUUAGCAUAGCUUUUCUGAGCGGAAAAAUUUUUUUAGCACGACUCACUGGCAAAUUUUGAAAUCAGGAAAGCAACUUAUAUAGAAGUAACAUUUAUAAAUAAUUUAAGAAGUUUAUGUUUUGUAAAUGUGACGGUGUGGAAUGCAUAUUAUUGUUGUGAUGCGACAGCAGUGCUUCAAUUCCUUAUCCAGAGCAAAACUUGUUAACUCCCGGUUGGAACCCCAAUUGAACUUUGUAGCGCCACCUAACGUACGAUUCACCAGUGUUUGUGAUAAUCGUUUGACUUGCCUUAAAAUUGUUAUAAUUUCAUUAAUUACUCAGUUUUAAUGAGUGGCUGUAAUACUGGAAUUUUGUAACCAAUUUUUCACUCACAUCUUGAUGAAUUUUAAAAAUAUAUUAUUGUUUUCUAAAUUUUAAUUAAUUAAUAUAUUAGUUACAUUAAAUUUUUUCUGCAUACGAAUGACGCCUCCAGGUAAUUAAUGAAAUAGAAAGAAAUUAAUUAAAAUUAAAAAAUACUUUUUGAAGUAUUAAUUUUUUGUGUUUUUAAAAGAAUUGCUUCUAUUCAGCUUAUUAUUUUUUUAAUUUAUUUGUAACGAAUUUCUAACCUUUAUUUUCUAGUUCCCUUCCAGCAAUGAUUUGUGUGGCGGAAAUGGGGUCGUGAAAAUUUGUGUUUUUGUUUUUAAAAAAUGUCAUUCAUGUUUCAGCUUUGCUGUGGACAUAAUUUCUUUUGCUGUGAUGGAAUUUUCCUUUAAAAACAUUCUUUUCCUUUUCAUAAUUUUUUUUUAUAUUUCUCUGAUACUUUUUAUAUCAAAUUAUGAAACAUUUUAAAUAAAUUUGGAAGAUCAAUUAGGAAAAGAAAAAUAACGCGGGGGAAUUAAUAAAUAAAAAUUAAAUCAUUUGUUUCAUCCUGUAUAAAAAUUUUGCCUAUUUAAGAGAGAAAAAUCGAAUAGCUUUUAUUUGUUAGUAUUUUAAAAAAAAGGGAGGGGGGACCCCAACUGUGAAUUGCAGGUAUUCAUAGAAAUGCUCUGCAUUAUUUUUAAGAAAAUUCCUUUCAUGUGAGGUAUCGUGUUCAUGUAUCUCUACAUACCAACGAGCAUAUAUAACUGCAGGUUGCUUUUCUUAAUAAAUUGUUCACGCAGUUGUCGUUAUGCCUCCAUUUUUCUCAGUCUUUUGGGGUAGAGAAAAUUAUACGCAGGAAGAAGAUGAUGGGAGCUUUAAAUUAUUUUUUUUCGGUCUCCCGCUUAUUGAAAACAUUGAAUGAAAUCUGGAGAAAAAUGUUAAACUACAUCAUAUUAAAAUAUUAUAAAUUUUACAUCAUUAAUUUUAGUUAAAAAUAUUACUUAAGUAAUUUUUUUAAUAAAAAUAUAUUUCAUAAAGAAUGAUUAUCAUACAUUUAAUAUUGCCAUUUCCAUUAAAUAAAAAAUAUUAAAUUGAAAAAAAAAAUAUUUUCUUAUUUAUUUCUGAGUUGCCAUUCGAAUUUAAUUAAAUUAAAUUAAUAUGAAAUAUUUAUUAUCAUCUUUUAAAUAUUAAUUAUAAUUAGUGGAAAUAAUUAUUGGAUUUUAGCAAAUUAAGGUAAAAUUUUUAAUCUUUGAUUUUAAAAAUUAUUUUCUAGAACUAAUAUUCUCACUUUAAUUAAAAACUGUGUUUCCAACAAUAAGAGGUCCUUCCAUAUUAUGAAGCUAAGAUUCGGCAAGAAAAUAUUUUCUUUAGGAACAGCGUCUGGCAUAUAAGUUUUUACUGAAUAAAUUGUUGAAGAUUAAGCGUUAAUAAAAUACAAAAUAGUUAUCAACAGUUGUUAUGUAAGAAACGGAAAAUGCAUUAGCAAACAAUACAUACGAAAAAUUAAAUAAUUAUUUUAAAUAGCAGAGAAAAAAAAUAUUGUGCUUAUAGUUAAGUCCAGCAAAUAUAAGAGGAGCUUCAUUCAAAUUUCUGCGGAGGAGCGUGAGUUAGCCUCACUUCCUGCUGUUUAUUUUAUAAACAUUUUGAAUUGCAUGUGUUUUCAUCUAAAAGAACACCGAACGUGAGCACGUUUGAAUGUUCUGUACUUUGUAUUAAAACUUCUGCAUUAAAAGAUUCUCCAAAUCUAUUUAUUAUGUUCAUAUCAUUUUGUAUUUUUUAUGUAUUCUGUUAGCUGACUAAAGAUACAUAUGAU